AUGAGCGAUGAUCGCCAGCAACCGAGGGAGCUGUUAAGGGGUACCAAUGGAUGGUACUUCUUGGGGAUGAACAAGCAUGCCGAUGCAGCAGCGGCUGGUGUGCCCGAAGGCGAUGAACCCAUGGACGGUGGUGCUGGACGGUCGGCUGAUACAGACAACGACGACAUGGAAGAACGGGAGGUCGAAGGCGCUGUCCAGGACGCGCGGUUCCAAACUAUCGAUCAGGAUAGUUCUGUGCUGGCCACGCCCCUGGCGGCAUCGUCGCCGCCCCGGUUGGCCCCAUUGACACCAGACCAGCGUGUGGAUAAAUUGAGAUCCUUGAUCGAGCAAGUCCAGCAGACGUUGCCCGAGGGAGCGAAGGAUCAGAUAUUGACCAGAAGUAUACAGAGCGGGACCCAGGUAUCACCAUCUGCUGCAGUGAAGACUACGUCUGCCAACAAUGGCGAUCCCGUUGACCAGGACGGCGAUGAUGAGGAAGAUGACGAAGUGGUUCGUACUAAGGGUGUGAAGCGGGGUCCGCGUGAUCACAAUAUGUUCAACCGGUAUUUCCGUGACUGGCUGAAAGCCAAGAAUGUGCCGCUGAAAUACGAACGAGUCAAACCAAUCUCGGCAACCCUAUUCACGGUCCAAUCGUGGCUGAAUGGUCAUGGGCCAGGGCCUGAUACGUCUCACCCGCUCCUCGAUUGGGAUACUCCAAUGAGUGAAGCGUGGAACAGUGAGACGAUUGUCGUACUUUCUAACGCCUUCCUCGGGGAGAUCGCGGUGAACAUGCACCUUCCGCUCACAGUCAGGGACUGCCCAGCCCGUCCGGCUGUAUAUGUCAACCUAACCAAGAAGCUACAGAAGGUGCAGACGGAUUACAACAAGCACCGGCUGCUUACUGCCGAAGCUUACGUUGAAGAGAAAAGCAAACUCAAGGCGGAGACUAGGCGCAAUGUCCGGCGAAAUGGGACAUACGAGCGUCGGCAGCGCAUCGUUCGCCUCAACUUCGAGACCGACCCCGAUUUAUGGAAGGAGGUUGCGAAGGUCGUCGACCUCCUCAAUGUCGGCGCGAUGAGUUCCGAUCAUACGGACGAUGGCUCUACCCCCAAGAGGAAAACCGUUACGCGCGCGCGAACCCCUUGGCGUGCAGCGGAAGUAGCAGACCUGAUGCAAGCAUUGGAAAGCUAUCCGGUGGGGGGUUCGGCAGCGGGCAACAAGCCCUACCUCAGGACGUUCGAUCUUCUCAAGGCGCCGAUUUCGGGUCGCAAGGUGAUCCCCAAGUUGCCCAUUAAUUUCUACGACCGUCAUUGGUAUGCAGCCCAAGGUCAGGCGGUGAAGCAUACACUUGCUGUAGGCAGGCCAGUCUAUAUUCCGGGCCUCCCACUCCAUGCGCUGCAGACACAAGCGCACCCAUCGGCGACCAGCUCGACUACGAAGGCUAGGCGGUCCAUCAGUAUUCAUGAUCGCCCCAUACAAAUUAGCGAGCCUCUCAUGGGAUGGCGCUUGAGCGCAUGCCUCGCAACCAGCCUCAGCCAGCCGCUCGGCCUGGGCCAGCCCAUCUGUCUCGUGGUGGCAGACAAUAACCGCACAUAUUACGGUCGCCUCGCUCAAAUCUGUGCCGUAGGCGCGUCGAAAGUUCUCUUCCGCGUUGUGUCCGACCUCGGUGACUCCUACCUCCUCGUAUGUGAGGAGGCAGCGUGCGAGCUACCUCUAGCCGCGAAGAUGCGGAAGUGGUUUAUGCCCUCGAAGUGGCUAGCCAUCUUCCAGUUCCACACCGAUGUCCAAUAUGCCGACGUCUCACCACUCCGUCCGUACUAUCAUCGCCCGCCUGCUCCGAAGCCGUCGUUCGUAACGUUGAUGUGGAGUUCAACGGAAGACUGGGUGCACGCAGUGUAA